UGGAAACUUCACCAAGGGGUGGGCACCCGAGGCAUGCGCCUUCUUUCUGUUUGUGGGAAAGCGCUUUUCUUCAUAUUUCCAGUGGGUGCUGGGCAUCCUUUCAGGCAUGGCACGCUGCUUCAAGGCUUUCUUCAGGGAGAGGAGGGUGCCGAAGCAAGCAACCAUUCUGCCAAUGAAGCUCUAGUGCCUCACACGUUGCAGUUGCUGGGUGUUGCCUUAGGGAGAUCGGUGAAGGCGUCGCCGGACACAUCUCUGGUGAUUGUCACUUUACUUGGCUUACCCUUCGUGCUCACCAUUUUGGCCUUCUUCAUCCUGGGACGCCUCUCCGAGGAGAAGCCACCCUAUCCCCAGCGUGGCGCGGCCAUGGCAGGGGGCGAUGCCAGGUUUCCUCCCAGAAGUGUGCCCGGCUCGGCCUUCCCGAGCCGCCCCGGCACUGCCGGCGGACUGCGUCCCCAUGGAGGCUUCCCGAUGAACGGUGAGACUUCAGUGCCACCCACCUUGCCGGUGUUGACCAGCAGUCGAUCGCUUCCGAUGCGGCAAAGCCCGGAUCUCAUCGAUGAGGAUACACGUCAGUCACCGCUGACCAUGGCCCUCUUUGUGAAGAAUCCCCAGGGUGUAGCCGUUCGCUUGGAUGGUACCCUGUCCCCAACACCCGAGAACAGGACGGUGAAUGUCGUGCGGGUGAAGGACAAUAGCGUGAUCUUGAGCGCCAAAGUGGCGGAGAAUGCGGACUCCUCCACCAUCUCUCUCAUGGUCCCCUCCAAGGAUGGCCAGGCAGAGGUCAUCGCCAUGUUAGACACUCGCGAUGCUCUGCUGUCGUGUUGCAAGGGUCGGUCAGUUUCAGAACUUGGGACCCUCGCCGAAAACCUCGCCGAUCUCGCCGGAGUUGUCCAGGUUCAGUAG